GACCGCGCCAAGUCAGCAUGAGUCGCCCCGAUGUCGUCGGCGGCUCCGCGAAGGACCAGGUGAGGCAGUUUAGUGCUGCGAUCCACGAGUCUGCGGAAUUGAGCUUCUCGGAUGUAAAUGCCCAUCGGAAGAUGCUUCGUUCCCUCUGCUCCUUGAAGAUUCUACUUUCAAAUGCUACGACUAGCCAAAGAAAGGACGUGGCGGCAGGUCUUGUCCGCGCGGUCGUGCUUGCCAUUCAAGCCUACCACACGAAGCACCAGAACGGUUCCGACUGCAUCGUGCAACUCUUCUGCGAUGUCCUCGCCCUCGCAUACGACGGAUCGGCGGUGUCGGAAGGCAUGGACGUUCUCGUAAGCAAGACCGCGACGUUGGGCUCGAAACUCACAAUCGCCCGCGCCAUGUCCCAGUGGACCUACUCGCAACUACACAGCGCAGGGAGCUUCCUCCCUGAACUCAUCAGUCUCGGGACAAAGCACGCGAAGCACGCAGACUUGUACGUCCGCCAUGCGGUCGUAGACGGCCUCACUCGCGCGCUCUCGACAUACGGCUCCUACGGUCUGUCCUUCCACGGUGACGCCGUUAAAGUCGCCGCCAAGUUCUUGACCGACAAGUACCCUGAAAUCCGGCAGGCAUCGGCGAACCUCCUUCAAGUCCUCGUCGACCACGCGGAACCUUCGGACUCGGCGGCCCUGGACGCGCUGUACACCGUAAUAUCGAAAACGCUCGAUGAUCCCGCGCCUGAACUUCGGCGCGCGUUUGCCGCCCUCAUGGGGCAACUCCUUGGCAUGUACGUCCUCCCAUGCAACGAUGAGGAGACUGUCGGCGGAGCGUUCACUAAUGCCUCAACAUCGGCUGCCGUCAAGAAGAAGGCCACGCCGUCUCCGUUUCCGUCCAUCGACGUCGCCGUCGUGUACAUCAAAGACACGUUCUGCAGCACUUCCAAUGGACACGGCGGCAUCGGCGGCACCUUUGCCUCUGGCGCGGUCGUCCUCGCCACCCUCUUCCACACGAGUGGUCAUCACCUCACGGAACCGCAUUUUCAGUCGACGGUGACCGCCCUCUUGUCCUUCCUGGAUCUGCCGCUGCCGUCGGCAAACGAAUACGUGCGUGUGCGCAACGCAUUGGGCUUUGCCUUCCGCGCCGCCGCCAAGUCCCUCAACGAGCGAGAUCAGCACCAGUGGCUGCGCACCAUACUAAGCCAAUUCAACGACAGUUCCGCGUUGAGCCACCACCAGCGAUUGGUGUUGGCGGUAGAGUGCAGUCACUUGUUCCAUGCGUUGGGGGAAGCUUCUGUCGUGUACGCCUCAACUGCUGCGUUGACGCUGACAAACUUGCUCACCCAUGAGAAGCACAGCCUUCGGGUGGAAGCGGCGGGGGCGCUGGCGUCGCUAGCCACCGCCGUGCCCUACCGACGCCAAGCGAUCGUCGACUUGGUGCUGGAGCGCUUGACGACACUAGUCGACGCCGCGCUUUCUCUGGCCGCGAGCGCCGCAGAUUUGUACACCCUUCAAGGCCACAGCGCCGCGCUAACCCACCUCCUUCGAGCCGCCAAGCUCCAAAGCGGAUCGUCCCUCAACGGGUUGUUCUCCAUGACCCUGUACGCGCGUAUUCUCGACCUGGCCGAGCGCAUGCUGCAGUCGCAGUUCCGACGGGACGACUUAGCCGACCCUAUUUGGCUCACGUGUACACGCGCGGGGUGGGAACUCGUGGGCGCGCUCUUGCCCAUGCAUGUGCCCUUCACGGCAUCGCAGACCACCCGCCUCUGCAGCCUCUGGAGCACCGCUACCACCACCCAAGCGCGGGAUCUGUCGCAGGAACUGCUGCGUCUCGAAGGCGCGCUGGUGGCCCUCCAUAUGUACCUGACUACGCUCCCGCCAGACCCGAUCGGCCUCGCGCCGUUCUUUGCCCAGCUCUUGCAUGCUACGUUGACUAGUGUGUUGAGCAUGGGCGUUCCGUCCAAGCAGCGCGCCAAAGUCGCCAAACAUCGCGUUUUGGCAUGGCUGCUCAAGUGCUUCACGCUGGUGCCGCCGACCCUCGUGGCGGAUUCGUGGAUGACGCUACUGGAUCUCGUAGCCGAGUUCACGACGGCGCAGUCGCUGACGUCCCUCGCUCGAUCCACGCUCGUGCCGCCCACCACGACGGCCGUGCCGCUGUCCGACGUCGCGUCGGUCGUCCGGCUCGUCGCGGGGGACCUGCCCGAUCCAAUGUACCCCGACGCGUUGAAUUUCACCCUCACGCUCCUGCUCCCCGAUACGGCCAUGUCGGACAUUGAGCUGGAAACCGCGUAUUUGGACCAUUUUGUGUCGACAGGGCUGCCCAGGACGAGUGCGUUCACGUACGUUCGGAUGGUGGAUGCCAGUGUCCAGCUGUUCCCGUCGCUGUUUUUGGUCAUUCCACACGAACUCCAACUGCGCGUGCUGCAGCAUUUUGCAGGCGUGUUAGCCGACCCAAAAGUGCACUUGGACGUGGUCGUGAACGUGUCGGCGCUGCUACUCGCGACUGUCCGCGAGGCGCAAUCGCAGUCCCGUCGCCUCAUGCAACCACAUGUCUACCACCGUGCGACGUGGCCAUUGACGGUCCAGAGUAUGCUACUGGAACUGCUCGGCAGCAGCGUGGACGCCGUGCGCGUGGCGGCCGCGGAAGCGCUCGGCCUCGCGGCCUCGCUCAUGUCCGAAUCGCACAUUCGGUCGCUGGUCGCCGACCUCGAGACCCACAUCGGCACGCACCAGCACGAUCACAAAUCGGCGCUCUUGGCCGGCAGCGCCCUGGCCCUAGCCCACCUCAAACGGAGCUGUGGGUCCCGCUGCGCUGUCGACGUUACGCUGCUGUACCGGCUGAGUCAGGAGCACGUGUUUUCGAUGGCCCAGCCGUUGCGCACGUGGAGUUUGCGGGCGUGGAGUCUCCUCCUCGAGUGUGUCAACACGUCAGGCGACUACGAAGACCAGUACGUGGCGCCGUCGCUGCACCUGAUGGAGCUGCAGUUCGUCGUGGGCUGUCGCUUUGUGUCGGCCGCGACCGCCAAGAAAGGCCCCACCCUUCGUGCGUCCACGUCUGUGUGUGUUGCCAUGGGCCAGGUGAUCAACAGCAUCGUGUCGGCCCUCGGGCCCGAACUCUUGGACGCGGGGGGUAACCGCAUCGACCAACUGUACGUCUUCUGGGACCUCCUCCGCAUGACUCCCGACCCGAGGGUCGAGCUCGAGUACCUCCGCUUCAUCGAACAGUUGGUGCUGUUUGCACCGUCGUAUUUCAAAACCAGCGACCUCACGCGAGUCAAAGCACUGCUGCGCCAACCCGCUGUGUCGACGCCAGCCGAGUGCCGAGCCGUGAUGCUGCUCAUCGUCCGCAUCCUCGUCGAGCGCGACCCGGCCGUGAUCCACCAGGAAAAUCUGCACCUCGUGCUCUUCCAAGCCCUUCAAGUGCACGAAAUCGCCGCCGACUACCCGCUCUUGCCGGCCUUUCGAGGGAUGUGUGCCACUGGCCACCACCGCCACGUGCCAUCCAACCCCGUCGCAGAACUCCAGGGGUGUCUGACAGCGCUCCUGGUCACCGACUGCGGCGUUCAGAAGCUUCACAACGGCAACAAAGCGUGCGAAUGGCUGUUGUUAUGUCGAGGUCUAGCAGUCGGCGGCGUCGUGUCUGUGCCGCCUCCAUCCACAGACGACGUCGGCAGUCCUAGGGGAGGACGAGGGGGGCCGGACUCGCCCGUAUCGCAAGGCAGCCCCUCGACCUCGUCCGACAUUUGGCGCCGGACCAACCAUCGGAUCUGCGCCACUCUCGCAGACAUUCCUUGUCUGCACCGCCGCGUACGCGAGUUUGCCGUGCACAGUGUCGUGGCCAUCCUCGACCUCGUCUCGACCUCCGCCGUUGCGUCCGUGCACUUUGACGUGGGCAAGGCCCGUGCGGCAAUAACAAGGCUGGCGUCCGAACACGACAAUGUGAACUUUGUCAGUUUGUACGUGGACGAACUCGUGACCCUCGCGUGUCAGAUGAGCGCCAUGUCCAUGGACGGGUUUGAGCUGCAGCGCCUCCAAAGCGCAGGCAUGACGCUCUUGAACGUCGUGUGUCAAGCCAUGGCUGGCGGCGUGGACCCUGAACUCCCCGACGAAACGCUGCUGGUGCAGUACCAAGCGCAGCUGUCGUCCACCGUCCGCCGCGCGUUUGCCUCGGACCCGGCGUCGCCUCCAUUUGCUUCGUCGUCUACGGUAGUAUUGGGCGGCUACGAACCGCUGCAGCUUGAAGGCGCGGUGACCAUCGCCCACGUGAUUGCCAACAAGAUCAUCACGGAUAAAGUUGCGGUGAACCGUCUCGUGAAGCUGCUGCUCCGUCAACCAGACUUUUCCUACGACGCGUCCAUGUGCGACGACACGCUGCGCUUCCGCCUCGCGCUCACCACCCUUGGAAGCCUCGCGCGCGUCGCCCUAGUCGCCACCGCGGACGCGAUCGUCCUGCCUCGUCAUGUCCUGACGGCAUGGACGGACGCAGUGCGCGAUUUCUGCUUGCUGCUCGUGCCCCCCCCCGCUGGAGCCACGAAUUUCGGAGGAACGUUCUUUACGUCCACGCGGGAUCUGGACGUGCUGAAAGCAGUCGCGAUGGCCCAAACCCCCGUGCUUCUGGCCGCCCUGGCUCAACGGUCUGCCGACCGAACGACGCUGCUCACAGCCGCCCUUUUGUACUUUUCGGCGCGAACGACCGACGUUUCGGGCGUUCUCACGGUGCUAGAGGCCCUUCCCAGCAUGCUGGACUGGACGUCCAUCACUCCAGACACGUACGGCAACGUCCUCCACACUCUUCUUGUGCUGGCAUCCCACCCCGACGACCGAGUUGAAGCCGCCGCCCUUCGAGCCAUCCAAGCUCUGUCGACCAAAGACGGCGCCACGUACAUCCACGCCGCCAUGGCCUCUGUCGACUCGAUGGCGCGGCAGACGACGCUGCAGCAACUACAUCUUGCGACCACCGUCGUGCUUCGAUCGACCACUGCACGCCACGUCAAACUGGCUUCAUCGUCAGUGGUCGUCGAAGGGAUGCGGACCGCCGCCGCCGGGGCCGCCGUCCUCUUGCCGUUGGAUCCGUCGUUCGGUCCUGCGUUUAUUCUCGUGGCCAAUGACGUCCUGCGCCACUUUGGUCUGACCUGCGACUGGCUCGAACCCACGGCGGUGCUCUACGUGGACGCGACGCUGCGAUGUGUCGUGGCCGCUUCUACUUCCGUCGACCUUCAUGCUGUGGAGGCGGCGCAGCAGCUGUCGCCGGCCCUCGCGACCAGCCUCCGCGUCCUCGUCGACACGAUCGAGUGGCUCGCGACGGGCCAUGUCGUCCCAUUUGCAGCCAAACUCGUGAGUUCCGUGACCACCCACGUGGGGACCAUCGUCGACUUAAGCGACUUCCACGAUCGCAUUGCUACGACGUGGAUGCAUCAAGUCAGCGCUACUAGCAUGGACGCCGCCGCCGUCGCCGCCUUGGCGUGCUCGAGGACUUUAGCUGGCAUUCCCGUCGUUUCCCAGCGCAUGGGAAUGGCGGUGGUGCGACUGCUGCAUGAAGACGGUGUCCAACUCAUUUCCAAGGACGUCUGUGACGAGGUUGAAGCGUGGAUGACGGUGUUGAUGACUGGGAUGGAGGUGCAUGGGGCCGGCGAAGGAUGGCUGCAGGUCGUCCUGCCGCUGCUCCUUCGACUGUCCCAGCCCACGACCACAGGCCGCAUGCUCAUUAGCAUUGCGACGAUGUUCAGCGGAAGUUUCAAGGCGGCAGUAGGUCGAAUGGGCGAAGACAUGCGAAGCGCCCUGCAGACUGCCUUGCGACAGGCGUUGGUGGACAAGACGGCGGCGGCGGCGGCAGCCCCCACGACGUCCAUGAGCUUGGACUUUAGUCGGUAUGGGUAACAAUAAUGUAUUACAGUGUGGUUUCUGGA